GGAGUUUCUUUUUUUAUUUUUUAGAAAGACAACGAUUUUUCGAAUUUUCUGUACAGUAAUCACCACGUCACAAGAUCCACCGCCCUCAGUCUCCCUCUUCCUCAGUAAAUUCAGUUGAAGCUCCCACCUCGAGCUGAGAAUCUCCGGCAAGAUGGCGAUAUUGGUGCGAAACCUCUUGACGGAGAGGAAGUUCCCGUUCCUCUUUGCCCUCGCAUUCCUCCUUGCCUCCCUCGUCGUCCUCUUGCUCUCCAACAACUAUUCCCUCGUUUCCUUCUCACUCUCCGAUCUCCAGCGUUCUCAAUCGCAACAACAACAGAAUCCACAGCCGGAGCCAGAGUCAGGAUCAGAAUCAGAAUCACAAUCGCUGCCCCGCAGAAAUGACGACUUUCAGUCGGAAUCCAAGAACGAGACUGUUCCGGCUAAUGAAAGUUUGCCUCCUCCGCCGCCACCGCCAGAUCGUGGUUCAGGUGAUUUGCAUUUUGAUUCGAGUGAGAGUUUGGAUAUGAAGUGGGUGCUGUGCAAGGGAUCGGUGGCAGUUGAUUACAUUCCGUGUUUGGAUAACUUCCAAGCCAUAAAAGCAUUGAAGUCGAGGAGGCACAUGGAGCACCGGGAAAGGUAUUGCCCUAAGCCGAGUCCACGCUGUUUGGUGCCGUUGCCUAGUGGUUAUAAGAUUCCAGUUCCGUGGCCUAAGAGCAGGGACAUGGUGAGAUUGUCUCAUGCCUUUUUUUGGUUGGAAUAUGUGGAACAGGUUGCUAAAGUUAUGAUGAAAGAGAUUUGGUAUGAUAAUGUUCCUCAUCCUAAGCUUGUCGAAUACAAGAAGGAACAGAAUUGGGUGCGUAAAUCUGGUGAUUAUUUUGUUUUCCCAGGUGGUGGUACUCAAUUUAAGAAUGGGGUUAAUAGCUACAUUGAGUUUAUAGAGAAGACUUUACCAGCUAUUAAAUGGGCAAAGCACAUCAGAGUUGUUUUAGAUGUUGGCUGUGGUGUUGCUAGCUUUGGUGGUUAUUUGAUGGAAAAAGAUGUCGUUACCAUGUCCUUUGCCCCAAAGGAUGAACAUGAAGCUCAAAUACAGUUUGCUCUAGAGCGAGGAAUUCCUGCUACAUUGUCUGUUAUUGGUACAAAAGCAUUGACAUUUCCAGAAAAUGCCUAUGAUUUGAUUCAUUGUGCGCGCUGCAGAGUUCACUGGGAUGCAGAUGGUGGGAAACCAUUAUUGGAGCUUAAUAGGAUUCUUAGACCAGGAGGCUUUUUUAUAUGGUCUGCUACCCCAGUUUAUCGAGAUGACGAAAGAGACCAUAAUGUUUGGAACUCCAUGGUAAAUUUAACAACAGCUAUGUGCUGGAAAGCUGUGGCUAAGACUGUUGAUUCAACUGGAAUUGGGCUUGUAAUAUAUCAGAAGCCUGUGUCCUAUUCCUGCUAUGAGAAACGCAAAGAAAAUUUUCCACCUCUGUGUGAUCCAAAGGGUCAGCAAAAUGUGUCAUGGUAUACUCCCCUUAUUAAUUGCCUCUCCAGACUUCCAGCUGAUAGCAAGGGAAACUUGUACAGUUGGCCCUCACCAUGGCCCCAAAGGCUUAGCAGUAAACCUCCAAGGCUUUCAGCUGAACCAGAUGCUGAAGAAAUAUUCAAUGAGGAUACCAAACAUUGGUCUGCACUUGUGUCAGAUGUGUAUCUAGACAGUCUAUCUAUAAACUGGUCAAGUGUGCGAAAUGUGAUGGACAUGAAUGCUGGUUUUGGAGGAUUUGCUGCAGCACUAAUUGAUCUACCUGUAUGGGUGAUGAAUGUCAUCCCCAUUCAUGGACAAGAUACUCUGCCUCUUAUUUUUGACAGGGGUUUGAUUGGAAUCUAUCAUGACUGGUGUGAGUCUUUUAAUACCUACCCUCGAACAUAUGAUCUACUGCACUCCAGUUUGCUUUUCCAAAACCUUACACAGAGGUGUGACAUUACAGAUGUAGCUGCAGAGAUGGAUCGCAUACUGAGGCCAGGUGGAUAUGUUUUGAUUCAAGACACCAUGGAAAUGAUUGGCAAGCUAAAUCCACUGCUACGUUCACUUCACUGGUCAACAAGCCUUCAUCAAGACCAAUUUCUCGUUGGCAUGAAGGGUUUCUGGCGUCCGAGUGAUGGCUGAAUGAAAAAGAGAAACUGUAACAUGAUAAACAAAAGGAUAACAGCACGACUCUUCCCUGCAUACAAUGAUGAGAGUUUUAUGGUGAGGAGAACAAAUAUUUUGGUCAGUUCGCAGUACUCCAUUUUUGUUGUUGAUGACAACUAUAGAGAAAUAACAACAAAUACUCUGCUAAACUUUUCACUUUGAUUUGCUGUAAUCUUGUUUAUUCUUUACUGUUGAGUCUAUAAAUGACAUGAGAUAAAAACACAAACUUUUGGAAACCAUAAAAUUUUGCAAAUUGAAAGAAACGAGUUGUAAGAUCUGUAAUGCUCAAAGCGGAAUAGAUAUCGCAUACUUGC